AUGCAUGUGGAGAUAAGAUGGAUCGAGAGGGGAGCAUGUGGGUUUAUGAAAAUGGUGGCUGACAGAAAAGCGCGUGAGGGGAGGCAGAGAGACAGGGUGGAUUGGCAUAAUGAAUGGGGGUACGAAAGACGUACUAGGAGAAAGAGCAUGGAGGAGCGUAUGAUGCAAGAAUGGCAGAUUAAAUGGGAUACAAGCGUGGAAGGGAGGGAGCUUUGUAGGGAGGUUGUGAAUGACCAUUUGCCCGUCAGAUUUAAAGCUGGACAGCUGGUGAAGGGUCAUGGUAACUUUCCGGCCUACCUACAUAGGUUUGGAUUGAUGAGAGGGAGUAUGGUCUGCGAGUGUGGAAGAGGGGGUGAAAGCGCAAAGUAUAUUAGAGAAGAAUGCGGGCUGGAAGGGAGACAGGAUGCUAGGGAGCUUGUGAGGCACAUAUGGGGUGGCCUCAGACCACAGUUGAGGGUGGAAGGGAAGGUGAAUGAUAGGGCAAUUUUUUUUAGGUUAGAAAAAAUAUAUAAUCCUUACAACGUAACAAGUAUUAUUAAGUAA